GGUGGCUGCCGUGAGUGCCGUCCCCUGCCCGAGACAGUGAGACUUCCGCGGCGAGAUAGACGCUCGUCCUGCUGCCACGUGAGGCCGUGCUGAGUGUGCUGAGACGCGUGUGCCGUAACGCGGUUGCUGUGUACUUCUUGAUUCUCCUAUAUUGCUGAGGGUGACCAUGACUGAAGGUGAAGCAGCAGCAGCAGCAGCCACCAAUGGGCAGACCAAGGAUGGUGAAGGAGAGGGCCAACAGCAGGAGGUGGGGGAAAAGAUUGUCAGGCAGAUUGAAUACUACUUUGGAGACUACAACCUCCCUAGAGACAAAUUCCUACAGCAAGAGAUCAAAAAUGACGAUGGUUGGGUCACACUGGACACAAUGACAAAGUUCAAACGCCUUGCCUCCAUCUCCUCCGACAAGGCUGUUAUUGCUGAUGCUCUCCGCAAGGCGUCCUCAAGUUUCAUGGAGGUACAUGAAGAUGGGCUGAAGAUCCGGCGGUCACUCUCCCACCCUCUGCCAAUAUUUGAUGACAACCUGAAGGAGGAGACUAUGAAACGCACAAUCUACUGCAAGGGUUUCGCCAAAGAUGGCUCUGUUACCCUUGAUCAUCUUCUGGAGUUCUUCAAGCAGUAUGGUCCCUAUGACACAGUACUGAUGCGCCACUUCUUUGACAAAGAAGCCAAGAAACAAGGCUUUAAGGGCUCUGUGUUGGUGGUGUUUGUGGAUCAAGAGAAGGCACAGACAUUCCUUGAGCUGCCAGAAGUAAAAUACAAUGGUACCCAGCUACUGAGGAAGUGGCAUAAGGACUAUGUAGAGGAAAAGAAGAAAGAAAUUGAGGAGCGCAAAGCCAAGAAGGAAGCCAAGAGAAAGAAGGAUGAAGAUGCAUCUCAUGAGAAUGAGGAGGAGAUGGAGGAGGAGCCUCCUAAAGGCACAUUCCUUCACUUCUCUGGUGUUGCUGAGGGAUCAGAAGUGACAAGGGAGGACCUGAAAGAAGCCCUUGGAGAAGCACAGGAGCAGUGUGCUUGGGUGGACUACAGCAAAGGCAUGACACAAGGUUACUUGCGCUUCAAGGAGCCAGAGUCCAACAAGACCAUCAUGGAAAAGCUGGACGGCAAGCUUAAGGUGAAGGACAUGGAAGUAACUUUGCGUCUUGUGGAAGGUGAAGAGGAGGCUGAGCAGCUGAGCAAGAUGAAGGCAGCCCGCAGCAGGGCACGUGCCAACUCCUCUGGUGGCAGGAAACGGAGGGGAGGCAGAGGGGGUGGUUCCUCUUUCAAACGUAAGAGGACCUAGGUGGUCCCAAGAUCUCAAUCCAAUGAGUGCGACUUUUACUCCCUUACUUCCCACAUUACCAUCACUGUUACCACCACUGCUGCUAAUGUUGAUGGCCAUCCCAUGUACAGCAGCAAGAUCUCUCAUGGUUGUUACAAGCUACAUGUGGGAGUAGACUGACAUUUUUAACAGUUGCUCAGAGCAUUAGAAGCUGUACUGAUGUUCCUUUGUUGUGAGUGUGUUUUAUAAACGUCUGGGAUGAUUGCCAGUGUCUUGGCAGUGGUUGAGGCGAGACCUGAGAUCUGGAUCUUGGGUAUUGUGCAGCAGUCACCUCAAGGAGUUCCAGGAUGGUGGUCAUGCUCCCUCAAAGAUGCAGGUGACUAUCUGUUGUUGUCAUGUUUUUGAUCAUUCAGACAGUCUUCAACAUAUAUGCAGAAAUGUAGCUUAGAGUCAGUGGAAAAAAAGAAAUUGUUGUUUUGUAAUAUGUGGUUAUGUUGGUAACAGAAGUCACAUAGCUCAUUCAUCUAUAUGAAAUAUAAUAAAUUGAACCAAAUACAUUGUACUAUUUGACAUAAUUUUGACUAAUGUAUGCAUGUGUGAUUCUCUGUACGUUAGACAUAGUAUCUGUUUUUGAUAUUUUCUUAGGUUGAAAAUCUACUUUUGAAAGAUGUCUUUAUACAUUAACAAUUGUUUCAGUAUGUAAAGUAUUGAAAUGAGUAUAUUAUUUUAUUUUCAUUAUUAUUAUUAUCAUUAUUAUAUUGUUUUUAUAUUUUUCUUUUUAAUUUGUGUAUGUAAUGUUUUACCAUAUUUGCAAUAAUGUGCCAGCCUGGGAUGCAACUCCCUGUUGUGGUAAGCCUUGUUUAAAGGGAUGCCAGUGUUAAUCCUUUCUUUUACAUGCAGCUGGCACCACAUGUACCUUAACAUAAUCUAUUUUCAUUGCAGUUUGUACAAAAUACAAUAUAUAUUACUUUAGCUUUCAUUUAUAUCUAGAAAAAAUUCAACAGACAAUUUGAUUACACUUACGUGCAGUAUAUAUUGUUCAUAGUCUUACAGGAAAGUCACUUGUGAUAUUUGAAAAUAUAUAAAUUUUAGGAAGCUGAA